GCAAACACUAAUAAACAUUGUUUUGAAAGUUUUUUGAGACAUUUUCACCAAAACUAUAGCUUUUUUGUCAAUCAAUUGUUACUUAAUUUGAAUUAAUUAUACAUUUAAUGAUUGCAUAAAAGUAUUGAAGUACUGAUCGUCCAGAAGAUGUCCCGAGACUUCACGGCAAUAGAUGUGCAGAAAAUACGGGUCGAAAAGUUGAUGAAAAACCCGGACAAACCCAUUGAUAUCCCGAUGAGAAGAGAGGACAAGAAGUUCGCCGAACCGCCAGAUUUUGUCCGAAAUAUAAUGGGGUCGAGUGCGGGCGCCGGGAGUGGAGAGUUCCACGUGUAUAGACAUCUUCGGCGCAAAGAGUACGCCAGACUCCGACACAUUGACACUCAGGCCAAACAGGAAAAAUUGGACGAAGACUUUAAGCAACGAAUCGAUGAUAACAAACGACUCGCCGAAGAAAAGACGGCCAAAAAGAGAGCAAAACGACAGAAACGGAAGCAGAAGUUGAGGUCAAAGAAAUCGAAAACAGAGAAAUCGGAAGAAAGCAAAAACAGUGAUAUCGAUGAAAGCGAUGAACAGGAAGAAGAAGAGGCUGUUGUUGGCAACUGAUUUGUUUUGUGAUAAUUUUACCAUCAAUUAUUUCAUUUCAAUAAAAUUCAUUCAUAAUUGAAAAGACAUUACUAAA